AUGCACACAGAUGUAAGCACUUUCUUCUCUCUCUUUCUUCUCUCUCUCUCUCUUUCUUCUCUCUCUCUCUCUUUCUUCUCUCUCUUUCUCUUUCUUCUCUCUCUUUCUCUUUCUUCUCUCUCUUUCUCUUUCUUCUCCCUCUUUCUCUCUCUUUCUCUUUCUUCUCCCUCUUUCUCUUUCUUCUCUUUCUUCUCUCUCUUUCUCUUUCUUCUCUUUCUUCUCUCUCUUUCUCUUUCUUCUCUUUCUUCUCUCUCUUUCUCUUUCUUCUCUUUCUUCUCCCUCUUUCUAUUUCUUCUCUCUCUUCUCUCUCUCUCUCUUUCUCUCUCUUCUCUCUCUUUCUCUCUCUUCUCUCUCUUUCUCUUUCUUCUCUCUCUUCUCUCUCUCUCUUCUCUCUCUCUCUCUCUCUCCUCUCUCUUUCUUCUCUCCUCUUUCUCUCUUCUCUCUCUCUCUCUCUCAUAUGCACAUUCUUGGAAGGCAGGAGAAGUGAAAUCUUAUUUGCUAUGUAAAAUUCUUUGUGACCUGCCUUGUGGCUGA